AUGUUGGAAUUGGUUUACUCGCCUCCUGUAUGGGCGACAAUAAUUGCGUCUGCUUUUCUCCUGACGACUCUUACUCUCUCCCUCUAUCUUCUGUUUGAACAUCUUUCCGCUUAUAAGAAUCCCGAAGAGCAGAAGUUCUUGAUCGGUGUUAUCCUCAUGGUUCCAUGCUACUCUAUUGAAUCUUUUGUGUCCUUGGUGAAUCCAUCCAUUAGUGUUGAUUGCGAGAUACUCAGGGAUUGCUACGAGUCAUUUGCCAUGUAUUGCUUUGGAAGAUACCUCAUUGCCUGCCUCGGAGGCGAAGAAAGGACUCUUUUGUUUAUGGAAAGACAGGGCCGUGCUACUUUUAAAACUCCUCUUCUCAACCAUUCUUCUUACUCUGGCAUUGUCACCCAUCCUUUUCCUCUCAAAUACUUCCUUAAACCAUGGAAACUUGGUCCUGGCUUUUUCCAAAUUGUCAAAUUUGGUAUUGUUCAAUAUAUGAUCAUCAAAUCUUUCACUGCCGUUUUGGCCGUAAUCCUUGAAGCCUUUGGAGUCUACUGUGAAGGAGAAUUCAAAUUAGGAUGUGGGUAUCCUUAUGUGGCAGUGGUUCUAAAUUUCAGUCAGUCAUGGGCUCUGUACUGCCUUGUUCAAUUUUAUACUGUUACAAAGGACGAGUUGGCUCAUAUAAAGCCAUUGGCCAAAUUUUUGACAUUUAAAUCAAUUGUGUUUCUCACUUGGUGGCAAGGUGUGGCAAUUGCUCUACUAUAUACAUUUGGUUUGUUCAAAAGUCCCAUAGCACAAGGCUUGCAGUUUAAGUCAAGUGUCCAAGAUUUCAUCAUUUGCAUUGAGAUGGGCAUUGCUUCCAUAGUUCACCUGUACGUAUUUCCAGCAAAGCCUUAUGAGCUAAUGGGAGACCACCUUCCAGGAAGUGUUUCAGUUCUGGGAGAUUACUCUGCUGAUUGUCCUCUUGACCCUGAUGAGAUUAGAGACAGUGAGAGACCCACAAAACUGCGUCUUCCUGCACCUGAUGUUGAUGCCAAGAGUGGGAUGACGAUUAGAGAGAGUGUUCGUGAUGUUGUUAUUGGUGGUGGUGGAUAUAUUGUGAAAGAUGUGAGGUUCACUGUCCAUCAAGCUGUGGAGCCUGUGGAAAAGGGGUUCACUAGAUUCAAUGAAAAACUACAUAAGAUAUCCCAAAACAUUAAAAAGCAUGAGAAAGAUAAAAGAAGAAUCAAGGAUGACUGCUACAUUCCGUCAUCAUCACCUACAAGGAGGUUGAUUCGGGGAAUCGAUGAUCCCCUCUUGAAUGGGAGUGUCAGUGAUAGUGCGAUGUCUAGGGGAAAGAAGCACCGUCGGAAAUCUGGAUAUACAAGUGGAGAGAGCGGUGGAGAAAGCAGUAGUGAUCAAACCUAUGGUGGCUACCAGAUUAGGGGCCAUAGGUGGGUUACCAAAGAGUAA